AGAAACAGCUGACAAAUGAAAAUCGUUUUGUUAUGACUAACAAUAGGCUGCUUACCGGAAAAGUAUCGGAUAGUAGCUUCCGAAAAGAAAAACAAAUACACAUAUGUAAGAAGACACUUGUGGCAAUUCUUUAGACAAGCAAUUUUAAUUGCUAUAUUUUGUGUAUGGUUGUUUUAGGACCUUCACAUGUUAUGUUUAAGUGUCCCAUUAAACAGAUCAGGAAAACAGCUUAUAUAUUAUUAUAAUGUGAUAUACAUGGUAUAGACAACAAGGAUGUAGAGCAUAAGUUACAUGAAAAUUCCUGUAAGAAUUGCACUUUUUGUAUGGUUAUUCAUUUUGAAAGAUAGUUUGAUGAUUUUGCUGGAUAGAAUCAGGGAUCAUUAAUUAUAUUAUGGAGCCUGUUAAUCCUGUUGCUCCACCUAGAAAGAAGAGAACAUCACAAGUUGUUGAGUAUGGGUAUCGUUCGUCUAAGAAUGCAUCUACCGUUAUGGUUGAAAGUUCAAGUGAAAAACAGCCCAAACCUCGUAAAUCUGUGUCUUCAUCAGUGUUUGACUUGGAUGCAUUUUCAGAUAGCAUCAGGGAGGUUCUGGGCAAGAAUGUGACCUUGUAUCAGAAGUUUUUACUGAAACAGGAAGUAAGGCCGGACAAGUUUGAAAAGCGGGUCAUAGGUCUGACAGGAUGCAGAGUUUUUGUUUUCCUCGCCAAGACCCCUACAAAGGUGGACCAAGAUUUCAGCUUUAUAGAUAUUCAAGGCUUAGAGAGCAAAAAGAAAAACCAGCUAACAAUCACUGUGGCAGAUGGCAAGCCAGUCUCUGUGGUGACAGUAGAACCAGACUUGGAUGACAUUGAUCACAUAAUAACACACAUUGGGAGGUCUCUCAAAAACGUAUUUCCCUUCUAUGAUAUCGAGAGAUUUAUCAAGAAAAUCGAUGUACAGCCACCUGAUCGUCUACGGCUGAUGCAAGACAUGAUGAAGGAGAUUGAGAAGAAGGAGCAUGGACCGUGUGGGGGGUACUCCAUUAUGUACGCCUGUAUGUGUGACUACCACAACACCCCCUACAGGGAGGAGGUGGCCUGGGAUGUAGACACCAUUUAUUUGUCCCAAGAUUCCAGAGAACUUAAUCUGCAAGAUUUUGAUCAUUUGAGUUCAAAGGACCUAGUUCCAAUCAUAGGGGCUUUGGAAAACAACACCUGGUUUACUAAAUUCACAGCCAGCAAAAUCAAACUGACAUCAGAUGCCCAGACUGAAAUCCUGAAAGUGAUGAAGAGGAACAGCACGUUAGAGGAACUGGACCUCAGCAGUACAGGAAUAGCAGUAGAUUUUGUGCAGAAAUUAGCAACAGCCAUUUUGUCCAAUAGUUCAUCACAGCUACAGAGAAUUGACUUGUCAAAGAACUCUUUAGAUGACAAAGCAAUGGUACACUUCAUUGGAUCACUGAAGAACCUAUCCAAGGGACUUUUACACCUGGAUAUAUCCAACACAAGGAUCCUCGGGAAAGGUGUCAACAAGGUCGCUGAGUGUCUGUCACAAAGCCCCGCCAUUGUCCAGUCGCUAAACUCACUCAACCUGGCAGACAAUCCCAGCAAGGGAGAGGACAUCCAGGGUCUCUACAACUUCCUGGCCCAGGGAAACAAUAUAACCUACCUAGAUCUCUCGGGGAUAGACUGUGCCCUGGAACUGCUCUGUGCAGCCCUGCUAAGAGGAAGCUGUGCUUCUCUGACUCAUCUCAAAGUUGCCAGAAACGUAUUCACUCACAAAAAGACCAAAGAGGUGAUUGUGCAGGGGACAUGGAAGACAUUUUUCUCCAGUGUUUACGGUCUGGAACUGUUGGACUUAUCUGGCUGUAAACUACCCCCAGAGGCCCUCAAAGAGUUACUUUUAGGAAUUGCCUGUAAUAUGCACAUCAAAAAUCUUCACCUUGACCUGAGUAGCAAUGACCUUCAGGCACAAGGAGGACAGGUGUUGGGGGGUUGUAUUGGAAACAUCAGUAGUAUCACAAGUCUGGAUAUCAGUAAUAACAAUUUCAACCAAUCAAUUGUGAGUUUACUUGAUAGUAUAAAGAACAACAGAAGUAUAAAGUCUCUUGCCAUUGGUCAAAACUUUGAUAAUGUAAAACCAAAAUUGAUGACUGGUGUGAUGGAAAGUAUCGUCAACUUGAUUCAAGACGAAUCCUCGUGUAUCGAGUCUCUGUCAUUAGCCGAUUCCAGACUGCGGAACAAUCUCUCAGAUAUCAUAAACGCAUUGGGCAGCAAUGUGACUCUAACAGAAAUAGACAUAAGUGGAAAUCAGAUCGGUGAUUUUGGUGCCAGAAUGCUGAGUAAGGCCCUCCAAAUUAACUCCAAGCUGCGCUGCAUUCUGUGGGACAAAAACUUGAUCUCCGUGCAAGGAUUUGAAGACAUAGCUCAGGCUCUACAAAAAAAUUAUGCCAUGAGAAAAAUGCCCAUGCCAAUAAAUGAUGCUGUAGCAGCCCUUCAAAAACAAGGGGAGAGAACUGAGAUUGCACUACAGAAAAUAGAAAGUUUGCUCCAAAGGAAUCACAGUCCACAGAAAUUUUCCUCUGACCAGGCUUACAGGCUUCAACAGGGCUUCCUGAUCAGCUCCACCCAACAGAUGGUGGACCGUCUAGUGGUACAGGUUCAGGAUGCGGUCAAAGCUCUGUCCAUGGGGGAUACAGCCCCCUUCCAGUCUGACAUUGACCAGGCCAGCAGUGUUGUCAAGGAUGCCGAUAAUUCUAAACAGUUACUGCCUCACCUACAGCAUAUAGCCAUGAAAUCCUUGAAUACAGGGAAUAUGGUUGAAACUGAGCUUAAGGAUCUCACUGAUAACCUUAAAACAACCCUUCAGGCCCAGAUAAAGAAAACUGUAGCUGACAUGAUUGAAUGUACAGGAAACCAGUGCUCAGGGGUCACUUCAGACAAGGAUUUUAUGUUAGAAUUGGUAUCAGGAUGUUCAGAGAGAAGUUCUCUACCCAAAGGAUUUGCUAAACACCUGAUGGAUGGAGUGGAAACUGAUGUAUACAACAAACUCAGUGAGAUUAAUUUAGCCGUGGCAGCCUACAUCUCCGACACAGUGAUCGAUGGGGUGAUAGAAACUCUGACAGACAACCAUAAAAUUCUGAUGUCUCAUGUGAAACAGAAACGUUCAGAGUCUCGCCCAGUCUCAACAGACUCCAGAGAGAAAGAACUGGACAAAACGGAGGAAGCGGACAAGGUUCCUCUUCGGAUCACUAUCAAAGCAGACUCCCCGGGGGCAUCAUCUAAGAGCAGCCAUGAUAAUCUUGAAGUACCUGAAAAUAGUUAUAUUGCGUACACCGUACCAUAUCUGCAGACACUUCCCUAUGUUCGUAGCACACCAAACCUUAGUAACAAAAGGAAAAGUGUCAAUGCGAGAAAGAUGAGGCCCCCCACAGUUAUUGAUCCAGAGCAGGUCAAUCAAGCACUAAAAAUUCACCAAGCCAAGGAGAUUGACCUUGAUGACUCAAAGGUCAGUGAUGAUGGAGAGGUCAAGGACACUGAAACUGCAAAAGAAGUUGGCUCACAAGAAGACCUGACUAAAUUAUCCACAAGUAAUGCAGAAAAAGUAGAGCUGGACUCUUUGGGAAGUUUACCUGACACUUCCACAAAGCUUACCCACAUCGCCAAAUCCCGGCCCCGGGGCCCACAGAGGAGGCGCCCGUCUGCCCGCCCACAGGAGGCUGCCCAGGACACCGGCGCCGGGCUGAAGGCUGACGAGGGCCUGGAUUCGUUUUUUACAUCAAGCCCAGCAGACCAGGGGACACCCAAAUCCAGCAAGUCAGACAGGAAAGAAAGCAUAGGCAAAGGGUCGGACAAAAAGGAGCCACCCCCAAAACCCACAUCAGAGAAACCUAAGAAAGGAGGAUUGUUCAAGCGGAACACAGGAAAAGAUGCAAAGGAGCAAUCGGAUGAAAAACAUGACAAAAGCAAAGGAGGGUUUGCCAGUAAAUUGUUUGGGAAGAAAAAUUCAGACAAAAAAGAGAAGACACCGCAGAAGUCAGAAACCCCAGCCAAGGUGGAGGAACCAAACCGAGAGGAGCAGGGAGAGGACUCUGAACCAGAACUGGAAACUAAACCAGCACCAGAAAAUUCCACUCCUGACACAAUCCCUGAGAAGGAGGAGGUGAAAAGUGAAAAAGAGGCUGAGGAAGCUGCUCCUACUGAGGAGAAGAAGGAAGAGGCACCCCGGAGAAAGCUUCCUGUGGGAGGGAUCGGAAUUAUGGGUGGUCCGAUGAAUAUGAACAUCUUCUCUGAAAUGAAGUCAAACAAACGAUUUUCUACACUGAAUGCUGACAAGGAAGAGAGGAAGCCAGCAGUUGCUUUACUUCCCCCUGGAAGGAAGUCUCCCACUGCCAAUAUCCCUCCUCCCUUUAAAGAGCCAGCUAAGGAGUCCCCACUGAAACCAGUGGAGGAAACAAAAUCAGAGGAAGAACUAAAAGUGAAGGAGAAAACCAAGUUGGAGGACAAACCAAAAGUAAAGGAAGAAACCAAGUCAGAGGAGAAACCAAAAGAAAAGGAUGAAACCAAGUUAGAGGAAAAACCUAAAGUAAAAGAGGAAACCAAGUCAGAAGAAAAACCUAAAGUAAAGGAGGAAUCCAAGUCAGAAGAGAAACCAAAAGUAAAGGAAGAGCCCAAAUUAGAGGAGAAAUCAAAGGUAAAGGAAGAACCCAAAUCAUCGAAAGAGCCCAAAGUGGAGAAACCUGUUAAAGAAGAGACAAAAGAGGAGGUGGCCUCAUCAGAGGUCAAGGACACUACAGUUGAGGACAAAUCUGACCAGAAAGAGGACAAGGAGAGCAAAACAGCAGCUCAAGAGAGUAAACAGAGCCCAGCAGCCAUGAUAGGGAACAUCCUAUCUAAGCCUAGGCCCUCUCCGUCUCCUCGCUCAGGCUUGAGGAGGACACCUGAGGACACAGCCUCAACCCCUUCCACAGCCUCCCCUAGGUCCUCGAGGACGUCUGGCGACAUCUCUAAACCCUUACCCCUGAGGCCAAAGCCACCACCUAAGGCUCCAAAACCAUCAAACAAGAGCCGAAAAUCUGAUCCGGAAUCAACAGAGAAGGGAGUUUCUAGGGAGAGUUUGGAAAGUAAGGAGUCUGCUGCUGACAGUAGAAAAGAGGCCCACUCUACUCAGAGUGAUGACAGUGGGGUCGUGGUGGACUCCGCCACACUACGACUGUCCGUCGGGGAGAAAAUUAAACGACUCAGCCAAAGACUACCUGAACCAGAAAACCCCCCUGCAUCCAGCAAAUCCAGUUCUCUACCCAAAAAUGUUUCAUUGAAAAGUUCUUUGAAAUCUGAAGUGCAAGAAAAUGGUGACUCAAGAAGUCUGGUGACAAGCAGGAGAAAUCAGAGGAGGAAAACUCAGACAGUUCCAAACGUACCUCUGACUCAGACAAGUCUGAAUCUUUGGGCGAAGGUGCAAUAGAAAAUGUGGAUGAAAUCAUGGUUUAAUAGGAUGUCACAAUUAGUUCAGCAUCUUGAUAUUUAAUUCUUUCUUGAAUAACAUUCAUUUUUCAAAUAUCAUUGUGUUCUCUAUGGCAAAGAAAGGGAUAGAUCACUCAUUUAACCAUUAAUCCCUGGAUGUAUAGAGCCCUCAGGUUUAAUUCAAUUAUAGUUAUGUAAUUGUUACACGACUUCACACCAAAAAAGGAUGUGUACAGUAUAUUUUUGAAACAAAAUGUGGCCUUUUUUCCAUUUUUAUGAAAAGCAUGCUCUGAAAUUUCUUACUAACUGUUGUAUUCAUCUUUGAAAUUUUACAUUUUAUUGUUAUAUUUGUUUCAAGAGUAUAUUUUUUGACAAAGGAUUUAUUGUGCUAAAUUUUGUGAGGGUUGCAAGUUUUCCCCGAAAAAGUGCUUUAUAAUCAGAUACAGACAAGUGUAGAUAACACAUGAAUAUACAUGUACUUUCAUACAGAUAGAGUUUUAACAUAUAGUUCCAGGCACUUGCUAUUGAUCUUGUGUAAAUAUAGAUUUUGACUGUUUGAAAUUGACUAACUGAAAUCAAUUCUAUACAUAUAUGUAUGUAUUAUCUUGCUAAAUGUUGAAAUGAAAUGCAUUUUUCACAGAUGUUGAGAGACCAUACUUGAAAUAUCAGCCACUAAUCUUGAUAUAUCUACAAAGUUUAAUUUCGAAAAAAAAAUGAAAAAAAACUUUCAUCCUGUCCAUUUUUUUUUCUUUUGUCUGCAAACAUCAACAUCAAAUUUUGUUAUUCAAUCUGUAAUCAAUAUCUGCCCCCUUUAAGCAGUAUAACAUAAACAUAAACUGCUCUUGAUUUUUCUCAUAAUCAUCAAAUUUUUCAUAGAUAUUAGAGCAACCUUACAGUUAUACCUAUAUACAUGUAUCCGGAGGGCCCAAUUUUUUGUGGAACAAAUAUUUAUAUUUUAAACUUAUUUAAAUAUGUGGAAAACUAGCAGCUUGUGGAAAUGCAACACAAUUAUAUUGGGAUGCUUUACUUUGAGUGAAUAGUGCUUGAUAACAAAUUUUAUGUUUUUCAUACAUUUUCUGCUAGAAACAAGAAUGUCUGCUGCAUAAAAUAGGAUAAAUUCAUGUUAACUUUCAAAAGUUGAAAAGUUUAAAAGAAUUAAAAAUCUUUUUGGAACUGCGAUUUGCAUAAAUCAUAUUUUUGAUUGGGAACAAAUCUCACUAUUUUAAUGAAAGAGCAAUUUACAUUGAACAAGAAUGUGUCUGCUACAUAAAAUAGGAUAAAUUCAUAUUAACUUUCAAAAGUUUGAAGAAUUAAAAAUAUUACGCACAAAUCAUAUUUUUGAUUUUGAACAAAGUCUCACUAUUUUAAUGACAGAGCAAUACAUUCUCUUCAGAAACCAUGAAUGACAUGUUCCCUAAAUUAACUUAUAGAAUAUCCAACUAGGAUGUAGAUGAAGUUACCCUUCUUAGAUUGUCUGUGAUAAAAGAUGUUUAGUAUUUAGACAAAAUUCCUUUUUAAUUUUUUUUAUAUUCAAAUCCCAGUUUUAUUCUCACCCACUAUAACAUUAUACAUUUGUUGAUGCAAUAUAUGAAGUGUUCAAUUUGAUUUUGAGCAUUGCUCUAAACCUUUAUAUUAGUUAGACGAUAUAUUUGUGCUACAUAUAUUUUAGACCAUUAAGAUGUAUUUGUACACAAACAUAAUUCAAUAGUCUAGUUACUGUAGUACAUGUAUUGCAGUGUUAUCUAUCAUAAUUUUGUAUGUUUUUUUUUUUUACUUUUUGUAAGAGCAUAAUCUUUAUUAAAUUAUUUAAUCAUUUUAUGUGUAUAUCAGUCCAUAUUCAUGAUUGUUGGCAGUGCCAGAGUAAAAUAAUUAGGGGUCAAAGUUCAUGCUUUUAUCCCCAGUAAAAAACAGUCAUUAUUCCAUUUACCAUAUUUUAGUGAAUCUUCCACAGAUGUAGCUAGAUUUUGGCCCCUUUUCUCCUUUUCUAAAUAAUGUAACAGUCAAUAAAUACUUGUGGGAAGGAUUCAAAUUAUGGUACAUGUAGAUUUUUUAUAGAUGGUGAACUCUAACCUUUUAGGUUCACAUUACCGGUAAUAUUCAAUAGGUGGGACAAUGCAAUGUUGAGUGCAGUAUGGUACUGCUUGCAUGUAUAUUUUAGUUUUGGUAUUUUCUUUUCGAGACCUGUACAUCUCUUUUCUCUCUCUCUGUCUAUACAGUUUGAAUGCUGGAUGUAAGUGUAAGAUAAACACCGCUAAGCAGGCUGUGCCAAUGUAUGGGAUUAGGAAAUUAUUUUAUUCAAGAUUCUGAUAAAGAUAAUUUUUUUAGGAUAGUCUUUUUCUGGAAAAUAAAGCCUACAACUUGGAUAUGUUCAUACACAGUUUUACGGUACAAUCAUUACUUCAUAAUUUUGACCAUCUGUUUGAUGUCAGCUUUAUACAACCAAAUGGUUGUGAGCUCUUAUUCAUUUCCUUCUCCUCAAAAGUUGAUAAACAAGAUUUCUGCAUCACCAUUAUGUAUUUUAUGAUUGUGUGUUUGAUAAUUAUUUUCUAAUUUACAAAAAAAAGGUCUUCAUUUUUUUUCUAUUAAAAAAAUCAUCAGUCUUCCAUUGUGUAAGCAAAUCAACAGCUAGCAGCAUUAUCCUAAAAAAAAAUUAGACUGCCAGGCAGGUAAUAACCUUUAGAAUUGAGACAUUCCUCCUUUUUAUAUUGUUGAAUCUUAAAUUGUUACCUGUUAUGUCCAUAUCCCUCCCUAAGUGUGCAAGUGAUGUUCCCUUGACUUUUUGUUACACAAGUGUAUUAAAGAUUUUUUAGUGAAG